AUGCUGCCAAUUUCCAGACUUGAUCAACGUCGCUCAAAUGCUGGCAAUGCUGAAUCGGCUGAUUUAAAGCUGUCGUCAGGUCGACGUCGAAAAACGAAAUGCACCUACCGCGAAGGAAGACAGUCCAAGUGCGAGGAAUGCUAUGCUCGUGGCUCCCCUUGCGUGGCCCAGGACAAAGGCUCUAAGACGACGACUACUAUCAGUGCCGCAUCAACCAAAGCGGAUGGCAAUAAUGACGAGGCUAAAUAUAGCCUGCGGGAACGAGUUGCUCGCUUGGAGGAUUUUGUGGGAACUUACCUGAGCAAUGAAUCUGCCACCAAGUCGUCGGACACUGGGAGAAAUCACAGUCAACGCAACAGCAGAGUCGCGUAUACCGGUAAAUUGGGCAUAGUGUGUACCUCACGGCAGCCAGUAUUGAUUAACAAGGCCACGACAGACUCAACGCCAGACGGACCAGCACCCACAUAUGCCAACGGUCAUUUCAAAUCGAACCCUAUCCUCAGUCUAUUUGACAACGACGUUAUCACACGAGCAGGCCGUACGGCGGGCCCUUCUCUCAUCGAGACAGCGGCUACGACAGAACCAUCAGGUUUCCAUCCUGCUCGAUAUGAGCUCCUGAUACUUCUGCCGCAGGAGCCUGAUCUAAACACAUUGGUCGAGCUGAGCAAAGACUGGUGGAACUCGGCACCUCACAGAUUUCCAGAGCUAUUCGACCGCGCAGAAACGACUGCUGAAGACUGGAGAUCUGUGCUCAACCACAAAUUAUCUCUUGCCAAUCCCGCCGAGACCGCCAAAGCCCUCCUCUGGACAUUGAUCAGUGCUGAACGACUGAGCGAGGAUGUCUUUCGCGAUAGCACUUUUCGAGAUCCUACAGCCAUAGCUACUUUGGAGUCUCGAAUCCUGCCUGCUAUUGAUAGAGCAGUGGUCUUCGAGGACGAUAUUGCGAUAACCCUGCCCGGGAUAGAAUGCUUGAUUCUGUUGUCAAGGUAUUACUGCAACCAAGGCAGACUGCGGAAAGCCUGGCACCUGUGCCGACGAUCACUUGAAUACGCCAUCAGCAUAGGUCUUGACGGGUCCCCCGCCGAAUCAGGCCCGAUACUGCCAGAUCAACCUCGCCAUCGACAAAUAGACGUAUGGGGAGCGAUAUGUUUCUUGGAUCGGUACUUAAGCUUGCUACUCGGUUUCCCUUAUGGUGUGCGACAUUCGUCCUUGGACUUACCAAAGAGAGGCUCAGAAACCACGCAGAACACUUCGCAGCAGGCGACAUUCGUCCAUACCGCCAUGAGCUCCAUCAUUGGCCAGAUCAUUGAUCGGAAUCAGCAGCUACUAGACGACCACGAUUCGUUGCUUCGGACUCUGAAAAUAGAUCGGGAGCUGAAACAGGUUAUGGACAACGUGGACACUGUCCGAUGGGACGCCGACUCAAGAUCCUCGGAUCCCCACAUACAGGAGGCCUUUGAGCGCAUUGAAGCAUAUUUCCUGAUGCAUUUCAUUCAAGCUCUCCUCCAUCUACCGCUGAUGCUGAAGUGCAUCGGUAAAGGAGACAAAGGAGUGUUCCAGUAUUCAUACGGAGCCUCUACGAGAGCAUCGCGUCAGGCUCUUGUCGCUUACAAAUACCUUCGCGUGGGCUUGCGGAUCGACCCGUACUUGUGCACAAUGCUCGAUUUUCAGGCUUUCACAAUGUCCGCGUUGCUGGUCUUGCAUUUACUGGGCCAGAAGACCGAAUGCAAUGAGGAAGCGAACAGGGAAUAUGCUAUUGAGGCGCAGGAUGAACGUGAUUGGAAAUCCAUCGCAGACGUUACAGAUAUCCUCCGACAGGCGUCUACACAUAACAGCAAGAACAUCGUGGCUAAGCAGGCCGUGGAAGUUCUGGACCUAUUGUUAGGUGAGAAAGGGGAUGCAGACGAACGGUUCAACUCAUGCCCUCAAGCCGAAUUUGAUGGUGGAGAAAGGUGCCAGAUCCAGAUCAAUAUUCCCUGCUUUGGGGAAGUCACCAUUGCGCGAGGUGUGAAGAGGAGCCCCUACCUCUGUCCUAGUGCCCCUGCAAACACAACGGAAUCACCACCUUGCAUGACUGCUGCUCUCUUGCCUUUGACUGGACAAGAAGAGACAGUUCCCAACCCAGCCGAUUUAUGUACGAUGACAGUAUCAGUGGGUGACGGUACGGCGGCCCUCUUUGACGGGAACUGGAACGUGCUUGCGAGAAAUGUAGCCUCAGCAGUGGCAACCCACUCAGAAUGA